ACCGUCCACGUGGAACGCCAGCGACUGCCAUAACUACCUGACCUUCUGAACGACUCGCCAGUUCCCGGCAGCUGGCACUGGUUUCCCACAGGUCCCUAUGGCUGUUUCAGAGCGAUGUUGUCAGGUCGACUGGCACUGGUGACUGGUGGCGGCUCCGGCAUCGGCCGGGCCGUCUGCCAGGUGAUGGCUCGAGAGGGCGCCCGCGUCGUGGCCGCUGACCUCAACGAGGCCUCCGCCAAGGAGACGGCCGCGCUGCUGGCGAGCGCCGAGCACGUGGGUGUGCCGCUGGACGUGACGAGCGAGGAGUCGGUGGCGGCCGUGGUGCGCGGCGUGCGGGACCGCUACGGCGCGCCGGCAGACUGCGUCGUCAACAGUGCAGGAAUCAAUGACGACAGUUUUCUCGUCAAUAUGAUUGCGGCGCAGUUCAUGAAAGUGCUGGAUGUAAAUCUCAAAGGAACCUUUCUGGUUACAAAGCUCUCCACAAAUGCAAUGAUUGAUGCUAAAAUCGACGGCUCGGUCGUAAACAUCGCUAGCAUCGUUGGAAAGGUGAGCAGCAUCGGAACGUGCAACUACUCUGCCAGCAAGGCCGGAGUGGAAGCCUUCACGCGGACGGCUGCGAAGGAGCUUGGUCGAAAGGGGAUCCGGUGCAACGCCAUCCUGCCGGGCUUCAUCGACACGCCGAUGGUGGCGGCGAUGCCGGAGAAGGUGAUGAAGCUGCUGGUGCCGCUGAUCGUGCUCGGUCGGCCCGGCCGGCCCGAGGAGGUGGCCGAGCUGGCCGCCUUCCUGGCCUCUGACCGCGCCUCCUACAUGACCGGAGCCAGUGUCGAGGUCACCGGCGGAUACGGAAUAUGACGUCAUGAAUGAUUGUAAUAUUUUAGAAUGAUAAUGUGGUAAUAGUUUUGUCAGAGUGAAUUAUUGAGCAAUCUAGUGAUCCGCGACUGCUCGACUCGCAAGUGAUUGAAAUUGAUAUUUGAAACUUGAAAGGAACUCUUGGAACGGGAAACUUGAAUUGGAAAACCAAGUGGGUAAGUAAACGUUUUGGCACCAGAGCUCAAGCUGCGAGCGCCAGCCGCCGAAUAAUCUUCGAUGAAGCGGGAUCGCCGGACGCAGGGCUUAGGCACAAAUAUAAUGCCUACAAUGACAGCCCCUGCACCCUUCAUCUCAGACCCAUUCGCCACCUAUGGGUCUCGCAGAGAUACCAUCUGCGACAGGAAAAUUGCGACGCUGGCGUCACCACAUCCGUUCCGAGUUUUCCUCGGUCCUGCUCUGCAGGGCAUGGUCUGCCUCUCAGUGCCAACGGUAUGCCACAUUUUCCCGUCUCAAGGAACGCGCAGUGGUUGGCGCGGAAGGUUACACCGACUCCCGUGGUGCUUUGGCCGUUGGAGGCAGUUCGGUUUUAUCGGUGGCUUUCCUGUCUUAUGAGGAUAUUUGAACCCGUUGCUUGUGUCAGGUUUAUACUUGGUCGGUAUUGGUGACAGUUAAGUGUUUCAAAUGAAGCUUGCUUAUCGUUCUAACGUAUUGUUCGCUCUUACGUAUCAUUAAAUGCAAGUUGAUGUAAAAAA